AGUUAGAUAUCACUUACUCACGGCGGCAAAACAAAAAGAAAAGACAGGAGCAACAUGUUUGUGUCUCUACUUAUCUCUACUUUAACGGUCCUGUUUCCACUCGGACAUUCGUCGCUUCCUCUCGUCAUCAACACGUGGCCAUUCAAGAAUGCGACUGCUGCAGCGUGGAGGGCCCUGCAGUCCGGCGGCUCGGCGCUGGACGCCGUGGAGGAGGGCUGCGGCCGCUGCGAGGCGGAGCAGUGCGACGGCAGCGUGGGCUACGGCGGCAGCCCGGACGAGUCCGGAGAGACCACGCUGGACGCCAUGAUCAUGAACGGGGAUACGAUGGAGGCGGGAGCGGUCGCCGACCUGAGGAGGAUCAAGAACGCCAUCGGCGUCGCGAGAGCCGUGAUGGAGCACACGAGCCACACGCUGCUGGUGGGAGAGUCGGCGUCGGUGUUUGCUGAGAACAUGGGCUUCAUCACAGAGGACCUGACUACCAACACAUCUGUGAAUAUUUUCUCCGAGUGGCUGAAGGGCAACUGCCAACCUAAUUAUCGAAAGAACGUGCUUCCAGAUCCCUCCACGUCCUGCGGACCCUACAAGCCGACGGCGGGGCGCAGCAAGAGGCCGCGGGGCGCCGACCCGCGCUCCCACGACACCAUAGGGAUGGUGGCUCUUGAUCGAGAUGGUCACAUGGCGGCCGGUACGUCGACCAAUGGGCUUACUCACAAGGUUGCAGGCCGCAUCGGGGACUCUCCCAUCGUCGGCGCCGGGGCCUUCGUCGACAGCUCGGCCGGCGCCGCCGCCGCCACCGGAGACGGAGACAUCAUGAUGCGCUUCCUGCCCAGUUACUUGGCCGUGGAGCUGAUGAGGGCCGGGGCCGAUCCCUCGGCAGCCUGCAAGACGGCCAUGUCCAGAAUCAAGAGGCAUUACUCUGAGUUCUUCGGAGCCAUCAUCUGCGCGAACACAACGGGCCAUUAUGGUGCCGCCUGUAACAAAGCCCCCGGCUUCUCCCAGUUUCACUUCAUGGUGGCGAACUCCGAGUCCGAGUCCCCGCUCCUGAAGUCCGUGGACUGCUUCUGAACGCCGUGCGGUCGUGGGAAAAACUUUGUCCUCGCCUUAAAUGAAUCGGCACGCUCCAAACUGCAUUCGUUGGACUUGCUUUAAUUUAAAAAUAAAAUGUCACAGGGCAUUUCAAAUA